UGGAGAGAGAGAUAUUUGGAAAGAAAAGGAUUUUCAGGGCAGAACAUGGUUAGAGACAUUAGCAGUUCAAAUGAAUUACUGAGAGACGAUAUUACAGAAACUCGAGAACAAGAUUCGAAAGACCCGGAUAUCAUUCCCGCCCAGGAUGACUGGAAUUGUUUACCACGAAGAGAACCAGAUCAGAGUUUGUGCGAGAUGCCUGUAACGACAGAGCGAUGUAUGACAAGUCAUAUCAGACAACAUAGUUAUACCAGUGUGCCUGAGCAGUCAACAAGUAGUACUUCACUAAUGCUGCAGAAGAGUUGUGGAUGUCGUUUAAAGCACGAGAAUUGCUGCAAGGCCGAGUUUCUGCCAAUGAGAAGAGAGUCAACUGUAGAGAAAGGUCCCGCAAGUUAUAACGCACUCACUACCUCUGGAAGACCAAGUGGAGAACAGAGAGGAAACAAAGUAACACACGAAUCGAGUUUUCAUAGUAACUCAAGUGGCCUUAUUAGUACGUCUCGAAUGAAACAGAAUAAAGAAAGAAAAUUCAUAUCUACAGCUGUAUGAAGCAAGAUAUAGAGUAAAGAAUCUUGGUGGACUGGGAGCACGCUUUGGUAGCAGGUGAAAUGUAUGUAUGAUGAAUUAUAUUAUCAAGAAAUGUGACGAACACACACAUAGUGCUCGACGAGAGCUCCUCACAAGAAAUGACAUCUCG